AUGUUUCCAGAGGCAGAUGAUUAUUUUUUCCGUACAGCGCUGAUCAGAUAUCAACGGCAAAGCGGUUUACCGGUAACAGGGAUUCUGGACGACGAAACACUGCUGGAAAUGCAACAACCACGCUGCAACAGCGAUCUAAUUAAUCGUAGCGGUCGUUGGAAACGUUUUGGUCAGUAUCGUCGAGCUGACAGUAAAGGUGGGUAA